GCGCUCCCACAAUUAUUGAUCAACAAGUACAAAUUCAACAUCAUCGAUCUUGGCGGAUUAAAUACCAAUUGCGUGAAAAACAAUGGCUGCUACGUUCGAUCAAUAUGACAAGUCCAGCUGGUACUUUGGUGCAAUGUCACGUCAAGACGCCUCGGAUUUACUUAUGGGUGAAAAAGAAGGUGGUGUGUUUUUAGUGCGUGACAGCACAUCGAUACAAGGAGAUUUUGUAUUGUGUGUACGUGAAGACAGCAAAGUUAGCCAUUAUAUAAUAAAUAAAAUUCAGCAGGGUGAUCAGAUACGUUAUAGGAUCGGCGACCAAAUGUUUCCCGAUAUUCCCAACCUUUUGGCUUUUUAUAAAUUACAUUACUUGGAUACAACGCCGUUGAUAAGGCCUGCUCCAAAAAAAACACAAAGGGUAGUAGCAAAAUAUGAUUUUGAAGGCAACGAUCCCGAUGACUUGCCCUUUAGGAAAGGUGAAAUUCUCACAAUAAUUUCAAAAGAUGAAGAACAAUGGUGGACGGCCAAGAACAGUCUUGGUCAAACUGGAUCAGUUCCAGUUCCAUAUGUUCAGAAAUACGAAGAGGAUAAUCACUCGCUUGUGGAAAAUAAUUCACGCCCAGAAAGCGGAGGUAGUUCAACAGUGAAUUCGAAUUCUGUACAAGUUACUGGUUCUCAAAUGCCUUACCAGGAAAGUGGACAAGGGACCACCCGCAGAUCAAAUAUUCAGCGAACAUUACCUGCGUUUGCUAAAGUAAAACAAGCGAGGGUACCGAACGCGUACGAUAAAACGGCUCUAAAAUUAGAAGUUGGCGAUGUGAUAAAAGUAACAAAGACUAAUAUGAACGGCCAGUGGGAAGGUGAACUGCACGGUAAAAUUGGACACUUCCCAUUCACGCACGUUGAAUUUGUAGACAAUGAGAGUGGAGAAGACAAUCAGGAGAUUUAACGGAAGUCUUCCAAGUGUAACGAGCAAUGAAAUUAACUUGGAGAAUUCUAUAUUGACAAUUUAGAUUUACAUUAGCAGCUUUCCUAUGUACCGGUACAUAGAAACAGUCUGUUUUAUUAUCUAAAAUUUUCCUGAAUUUAAAAAAGAUUUAAAUAGUACAUACUUUUAGCACACUCCAGUUAGUCCAGAGCCAAGAUAUACUAUUUAAAUGUAUAAUAGAGUUUAAAUAUCACAGUGAUACAUUUUGUGCAACGCGUACCACAAAAUGACUACUCUCUUAACCCAUUUGCAUCGUAUGGAAA